AUGUCAAAGAGAUAUUUUCCUGAACAGUAUGGUGAAAGAAAAAAGGCUAAACUAGACGUGACUGUGUCUGAUCACAACUUUCCUCUCAGUCAAAAUCCAAGUUCAAGCAAGGCAAACAAUAUUUCGGACAAUUGGGGUGAUGAUAAUGAUGACGAAAUUUUACUCCUGGCGAGUCAAGCAUGCGAAGAGAUCUAUAACGAACAAAAUAUUAGUAACCUACCCGACUACUCCGUAUGUAUGCAACCGGGUACAACAAGCACUCAAUAUGACUCUGUACCAAGUACUUCCAAAACACCGUUUUCUUUCAAAAAACCAACUUCGAGCUUAUAUAGCGCUGUGUCGACAAAUUUAAGGGACAAAUAUGAAAGAAUAUCAUCACCUCUUCCUGGAAUUACAUCUAAGAUUAAUAAUAAGGAGCAUGUGAAUUUGUCUGAUGAUUUAAUUAUUAAUGACAGGGAGCUUAAAGGUCAAAAUACUGACCAAUUUUAUAAGCAGCUACUUCAACUAAAGGAGGAAAAUUCUAAACUAAAGUCGGAAAAUGGAAAACUUUUGGAAAAAUGUGUGACAAAAGAAGGAGAGGCAUCUAUAUUACGUACACAGUUAAAAACAUGUCAGAUGUCUGUUGAUAACGCAAGAUUAGAAAAGAUCAAAGUUCAAGAGAAAGCCCAAAUGGAAUGGAUGGAAAAAUUAGGUACUGCAAACAAACAGUUACAUGAUCUUCGAACACAGUUGGAUUUUAAGAACCUGGAAAUAAUAAGUAUAAAAGAAAAAUGCAAAAUGUUGGAAUCCUCUAAAAUUAAAUUAACCCAAGUAACAGUGGGAGCAAAUGACACAUCAAUCAGUCAUAAACACAACAGUUACAUAGAGAGAGACAAUAUGAGUCAAAAGAAAAGAGUAAAAACUAUCUGCAGCAGUGUUCAAACAGAAAAGCACGCACAUUUCUUGCAACUCAACAAAAUUAGAAGAAAAGAAAUAUCAACUUUAAAAAAAUUUCUACCUCUUAUAAUGGAGGCAGGAUCUGACCAAAAUUCUUUAUUAGAAUACAAUGAAAAACUAAAAAGGCUGGACGCACCUGUGAAUAAAUGUCGAAUUUUCAGCACAUUCCAUCGACUACCUUCUACCCCCAGUGCUAUUAAGCAGAAAAACAAGAUUAAUAUAACAAGCAUUUAUGAAGACUUGAUGCUUAUAGCUUCUGGAGAGUGCGGGAAAGAUACAUAUUUGAAUAUUACAAAGAUAAUGAAAGAUUCUUUAAAUGAUGUUCAUAAUGAAGUUAGUGCGAUAGCCCAACGAUUGACGACAGCUUUUCAGAAAGAGAUGGACGAAAAGUACAUAGAAUCUACAACUACCCUCAUGCCUAUUGAACUUGAGGAUUUAGUUAGUUCCAGAGAAUUAUUUAAAGAAGAACAAGUAAUACUAGCCAGACGGCUAACAACUAUAUUUUCUAUUUUACUACAAGAUAGUAAAUAUAUAGAUUUUUUUAAAGACAAAGAUAACGUGGAUAGUGAUAUUAAUGAACUUCUCAACAUAUAUUUGAAAUUAUGUAUUAUUCUGGAUACUACGUCAACAGGAGUUCUAUAUAGCGGCUUUUUAAAAUCUGUAUUACUUGUCCUCCAAGCGCUAAUAUCGCACACAUAUUCGUCUCAAAUGUGUGUCAUAGUCCGCAGUAUAAUACAGUCGCGACCAGCACCGAUUGUUUCGUGUGCAGCACUGCCUGUAUUGGUGGAAUUAAAUAAAAUAAAUGACUUGAAACUCUGCGCCGGUGCAGUUAUCGGAAAUCUGCGGCUGGACUAUGAUCAGGGUGUGCUGUUGUAUAGAAAAGAUUCGUGUCUUAUACAAGUUCUACUGAAACAAGUAGAAACAGCUUUAAAAUGUAUAGAAUUAAAUUGUUUAGUGCCACAAGCCGUGGAUGUAGGAAGAAAUUUAUUAUUGUUAUAUACAAGUUUUCAAACAAACUUAACGGAUGAUAGAAGGUGUGACUGUCAACUGGUGUUAAUGCAAGUCAUUGUAUUUGCUGUCAGGAUCUGUGCAAAUGCAUUAAAUAGAGAAGACAGUUCAGAUAUACAGACCGAACUAAUGAGUGUGUGUCGGAGUGGUAUACAACUCUUAUACCAGUGUGUAGUAAGAGAUGUGGAGUUUGUGUCACAACUCAGUUACUACGAAGGACACCUAAUUGGGCUCUGUGAAGUUAUCAACACUUAUAAACAUAGUGAGAUUUACACAACAAUGCUGUCCGAAAUCUCAAGCACAUACCAGUCGUCCCCGGAGGACAUGGAACCUUCCUUUACACAACCUUGGAUUGACAGUUUCGAGACAUUCAGUAUUGUUGACUGA